AUGCCUGCCGUCGACGUCAUCCUGGGCACCGCCGGCUUUGGCGAGCACGGCAGAAUCACAACCCCCGCGCUCGCAAGAGACUUCCUCGACACCUUCACCGCAGCGGGGCACUACGUCGUCGACACCGCCUAUGUCUACCCGGGCGGCUUCCAGGGAGAGUCCGAGGCCUUCCUCGGCAUUCUCGAUGUAGCCUCCCGCGGCAUCCAGAUCGACACCAAAGUGCGCUCGUUCGAGAACCACGCCCACACCGCAGAGUCCAUCAAGCAGUCGGUCGAGAUCCAGUUCAAGCGACUGCGCGUCGACAAAGUCCGGACCCUCUAUCUGCACUGUCCCGACAGGUGCACUCCCUACAGCGACACCCAUCGUGCAAUGAACGACCUCUAUCUUGCCGGCAAGUUCGAGCGCUUCGGAUUGUCAAACUUCAAAGCCAGCGAGGUCGAGAUCUUUGUCAAAAUGGCCCAGGAGAACGGUUGGAUCAAACCGACCGUCUACCAGGGCAUUUACAACAUGUUUUCCCGUCUGAACGAGCAAGAGCUCUUUCCGGUUCUUCAUCAACACAAGAUCAAUUUCUUUGCAUUCAGUCCACUUGCCGUCGGUUUUUUCUCAAACGUCCGUCGCGGACAGGAACCACCUGCCGGUUCGCGCUUCGACCCGAACACGCGUCAAGGCCAACGCUCUCGGGAGCGAUACUUCAAAGACUCCUUCUUCGACGCGGUCGAGCGCAUCGACGCCGUCAGUCAGAAGUACAACGUCUCAAACAACUCUAUCGCCCUGCGCUGGCUCAAGCAUCAUUCUCAGCUCGCUGAUGGCGACGCAAUCAUCAUUGGCGCGAGCAAGAUCCAGCAGGUCAAAGAGAACUUGACGUCCCUUUCCGAAGGCGAGUUGCCCGAAGAAAUCUUGAAUGUCAUUAACGAGAUUUGGGACGAUAUCAAAAACGACGCCCCUGCUUACGCACGCUAG